AUGGUGAAAACUCAGAAAUUAUUGUAUAGUGAGAAAACAUUCGCCGAGUCCCAGAUAAAACCGAAAAUAAUUCAGGGUUUAAAGCUCUAUGGUGUUAAAUAUUUGACUAAAGUGCAAGAAAAAGCACUUCCAGCUGUGUUUGAAAGGCAAAACUUGUUGCUUCAAGCGUCCACUGGCUCAGGAAAAAGCUUAAUUUUCAUCAUUGCAGUGUUGUCACGUUGUGAUCCAUCGUUGAAAAAAUUGCAAGGCGUGAUAGUUUCUCCGACCGUCGAGUUAGCUGACCAGACAGUAGCUGUUUUAAAGUCUAUUGCAGUUUUUUUAAAAUUCAAAGUCGCUUCUGUGUUGAAGGAGGACACCGAUAAGAAAAAAAAAACUUCACCAGAGGAGAGAAACGGUCAAAUAUUGAGUACUACACCAAAAAGAUGUUUAUUGCUUAUUAAUCACGGCGUGCUUCAACCCAUGUUUCUGAAAUGCUUAGUUUUCGAUGAAAUAGACCAAUUAUUGUCAAAAGGAAUGUCGAAACACUUGCUUCUAAUUUUAAAUAAGAUAAGCGAUAAAACGCAAAAAAUCUUUGUUUCUGCAACGAUGACAAAAGAAGUUAAAGAACUUUCCGAAAAUUUUUUGGUAGAUCCUUUGGUUGUUACGACAGAAACAGACAAGAAUACAUCGAUUGACGUAAAUAUUAAACAUUAUUAUGUAGUUGUUAAAGGUUUUUUGUACAAGACGAAUAGCAUUAUUGAAAUACACAGACAAACACCGAAUAAGUCGACUUUGGUGUUUUGUAAUUCUCGAGAAUCAGUUAUGAAGUGUGGGAAAAAUUUAAUGAAUAAAGAUUUGAAAGUGGCCCUGUUACACGGUAAACUGGACUUAAGCCAGCGCAUCCGGAUAUUGUCAAAGUUUCGAAAAAGCGAGAUUGAAAUACUUGUGACGACAGAUAUGUGCUCGCGAGGGUUAGACAUAGCGCAAACAUCGCUUGUAAUACAUUUCGAUUUACCGGGUUCUAUCGAAUCGUAUAUUCACCGAGCUGGUCGUUGCGGCAGGUUCGGACGAAAAGGGAAAAGCAUUAUUUUUGUAGAGCAAAGCCAUUUAAAUGAAUUUCAUAUACCGACAUUUAAGCCGUAA